GCUGCAGCGCAUUUAAUUGUGCACGGGCGCCUUGCAGAAGACGGUCGUUUGGCAUCCUAUAACGGCCAUGGCCGGCAGCACGCACUGGCCGGCACUUUAUCGCAACAGCCCAGGUGCAAAGGUGCUAUGAAAAAUUGCCGUCACAUACAUGUGAUCUUAGUAUUUAUUAUUUAUACUUAACAAUAUCUGCUGGGUAACUUGUUCACCAGCGACAGAUACCGCUCUUCCUCCUUCCGCCAGAGGGCCAAACGCCCCUUACCUUGGAACAAGACAAGUUAGUCAUCCUCGGUUGCAUGGCCGGCCUCUCUCUCUAGAGACAGUCUUAGAGUCUUGCGUGGACGUUUUGCAUUUCCACAGCACCAGUCCCAACCUUCUCGGCGAGAUGCAGGUUUCGUUAAAUGUCUACGACGUCACGAAUACAGCUAACGACAACACAAACGGCAUGAUAACUCGCCUUAACAGCAUAACACGGGAUCUUAACUUCGGUGGCGUGUUCCACGGCGCGGUCGAAAUAGAUGGCGUUGAGUGGAGCUUUGGUUACUGCGAAAGCGGUUCAGGGGUGUACUGCUGCCGGGCACGCAGCAACAGCAUGUAUACAUACCGAGAGAACAUAGAGCUGGGAACGACCCAGAAAACGCGGCAAGAGCUCAAGGAGCUGCUGUCCCGCCUCAAGCGCGCCUGGCCCGGCCCCUCCUACGACCUGCUGCAGCGCAACUGCUGCCACUUCUGCGAGCAGCUCUGCGCGGAGCUGGGGGUGGCGCAGCCGCCGGCCUGGCUCAACCGCUUCGCGCAGGGGGCGGACGCCACCGUCAAGUUCACCAGCGAGGCGUCCGCGCUGGCCAAGCGGGUGGGUGCCAACCUGUCCCUCACGGCGCAGCAGAGCGCCUCCUGGCUGCGGGAGGUGUCGGCGCGGGUGAUGCAGCAGGUGG